AUGAGGAUGCCAUGGGUUGGCUCAAACGAACGUGAUGUGCCCGAGCACAUGAUGGUGGAGGGCUUCCGGUGGUCAAUCGGCUUAGUGGCUCGGCUGUUGAUGCGGAUCAUCACCGAGGGAUCGACGGCCGUGAUGCAGGCCAUCUACCAAGACAGUGCCAAACUCCUGCGACACGCCUUGAUGGAAGCUCCUCGAGGGACUCGAAACUCCUUGCAGCUGAAUGUCCGGGUGGGCAGCCAAUCAAUCUCACCAUUGUAUUGGGCACUGAGGAGCGGUUGCCACACCGCAGCGAGGACGAUGAUCCAAGAUGUGCUCACCAUCCGCGCCGAUCGGGAUCGGUAUUACUAUGGCGUGAAUGACAUGUUCAGGUUCCAGCCGGACAUUGCAGCAAACAUCCUACAAGAAGCACCCAAGCUGGUGAACGUCUUUUUGGAUGGGCUCAUUUGGCGCUCGCACAAGACCAAGGACGGCCUGCGUCCCGUGGUGUACUACAUGGAACAUUUGCUCCAAGACACCGACGAGGAGAUGAUGGUCUCACGAGCUUUGGUCAGUUUCUUUGGAAAAAUCAUGGCACGCUCCCGCAACAGCCUGACCUUUUGCGAAUACCAAACAGGUGGUGAACUCCGACUCCACUUCCAUGAUGAUUCCAGGGAACGUAGCAGUUUUUGGCUUGCUUGGUACAAAGUUGGAGACCUGACAUGUCCUGAAAGAAGUCGUUUGACGGCGCACUGUUGUGCGGUUGUGCGAACCCGUUGUUUGGAUCAAAUAUAUGCAUGCAUGUACAACAUGAUGCAACCCCUUGGCUAG